AUGACGUCCGACAAAACACGCAUCUCCGUGCUCUGCUCCGGCAGCGGCUCCAACCUGCAGGCCAUCAUUGACGCCUGCGCCUCUGGCCGUAUUGCCGACGGCGAGAUCGUUCGGGUCACGGUAAACCGCAAGACUGCGUUCUCGCGCGAGCGCGCCGAGAAGGUCGGCAUACCUACGGCCUACUUCAAUAUGGUGGCCGAGAAGUUCCAGGUUGCUGGGGAGAAGGAUGCCGAGAAGCUCAAGGAGGCUCGGCUAGCAUACGACGCCGCGCUGGCCGAGCGGAUACUGCAGGAUAAGCCGGAGCUCGUGGUCCUCGCGGGCUGGAUGCACGUCUUCACCGUCAACUUCCUGAAUCCUAUCAAGGCGGCUGGCGUCCCGAUAAUCAACCUUCACCCAGCGCUGCCAGGUAAAUACGACGGCGCAGGAGCAAUCGAGCGAGCAUACAGCGACUUUCAGGCCGGUAAGCUGGAGAAUAACAAAACGGGCAUCAUGAUCCACUACGUGAUCGCGGAGGUCGACCGGGGCGAGCCGAUACUCGUCGAGGAGAUUGAGUGCAGGCAAGGAGAGUCGUUGGACGACUUUGCAAACAGAUUACACAGCCACGAGCACGAGCUCGUCGUCAGGGCGGUGACGAAGCUGUCGUCAGAGAUUGCUACAGCUAAAAAGCAGAAGCAACAGCAAUCAUGA